GAAAAACGAGAAACGGCUACUGAGCUAGCCAAGCAGCAGACUGUAUUUAGCGGACUAUGGCUGCUGUGCUCCCCGUUAGACCGCCCUGCGAUAGCAACCCAGCUACUCCUGGAGCACAAUCCAUAAAGGAGGAUGUAAUAGAGGAGGAGUCCAACGAUGGCAGCCAGCCUCCCAAACGACGGAGGAUGGGUUCAGGGGACAGCUCUCGAAGCUGCGACACCUCUAGCCAAGAGCUUGGCCCGACAUAUUUCCCAGCAGAGAACCUGACAGAAUACAAGUGGCCACCAGAUGACACAGGAGAGUAUUACAUGCUGCAGGAGCAGGUCAGCGAGUAUCUGGGAGUCACAUCUUUCAAGAGGAAGUACCCUGAUAUGGAGAGGAGAGACUUGUCUCACAAAGAGAAGCUUUACCUGCGUGAACAGAAUGUCAUCACUGAGACGCAGUGCACACUAGGUCUGACAGCUCUGCGGAGUGACGAGGUGAUAGAUCUGAUGAUAAAGGAAUAUCCCACCAAACACUCUGAGUAUUCAGUCAUACUGCAGGAGAGAGAGCGACAGAGAAUAGCUAAAGAGUACUCUCAAAUGCAGCAGCAGAAUCCUCAGAGGGUGGAGGCCAGUAAGGUUCCUGAGUACAUUAAGAAGGCAGCAAAAAAAGCUGCAGAGUUCAACAGUAAUUUCAACAGGGAACGUAUGGAAGAGAGGAGAGCUUACUUUGACCUCCAGACACAUAUUAUCCAGGUGCCUCAGGGCAGGUUCAAAGUGCUGGCACCAGAGCUCACCAGGACAGGGCCCUACCCAGUGGCUCUAAUACCAGGACAGUUCCAAGACUACUACAAAAGGUACUCUCCCAAUGAGCUGCGAUACCUGCCGCUGAACACAGCUCUGUUUGAACCUCCACUUGAUCCAGAGCUCCCUGCACUGGACUCUGAGCCCGACUCAGAUGACGCAGAGGAUGGCAAAGAUGACAAAAAGAACAAAAACUCAUCUGACAGUUCUUCAGGCAACACUUCAGACGUGGAGAGCCAGGAGGGAGGUGGACAGGGCCAAAAGUCCAAGGCCAAAGACAGGACAUCUACCCCGGCCAAAGACGGCAGCAUGCGCCACUCAGCCUCCCACAAAGCCACCCCAGGGUACAAGCCUAAGGUCAUUCCCAAUGCUAUAUGUGGCAUUUGCCAGAAGGGUAAAGAGGCCAACAAGAAAGGCAAACCAGAGGCUCUCAUUCACUGCUCCCAAUGUGAUAACAGUGGCCACCCUUCCUGCUUGGACAUGAGCGAGGAGCUGGUGUGUGUGAUCCAGACGUACCGUUGGCAGUGUAUGGAAUGUAAGACCUGCACCGUCUGCCAGCAGCCACACCACGAGGACGAGAUGAUGUUCUGUGACAAAUGUGAUCGAGGAUACCACACAUUCUGCGUGGGCAUGAACUCCAUACCUACUGGGCUUUGGGUAUGUGAAGUGUGCGACAAAGAUUUCACCACUCCCAAGAAGAAGGGAGGAGCCAAAACACCUAAGAAGUCUAAGUCAGCGCACAAAUAAUCAACAACAUCUUAAACCACAAAACCUUUACCAAAUUUUACACAAAUGCACUGUCAUUAGUUCAGUGGUUUGCAGAAGCUGUACCAUUUUUUAAAAGACCAUUUCAUUGUUUAUCUCAAAAGCUUUCUUGGAGAAUGAUUUAAAGGCCCAGAUUAUGAUCCAAAAAUAAACAAAAGUGUAGCCCUACUACCAAAUACCAACAAUCAAACAUAAGAUCUCAACAGUCUGUUACUCUUAAAUGGUCGACAGGUCUUUUAAAACUGAGGCUAACACUAGAAAACACUAGAAAACUUUCAUGCCAAACUUAAAUCAUAGUAUGUGAUUAUACCUCAAAUAUAUGUGCCCAAAAAAAUCAUAUUAGGCAUUAACCUUAGCAUAGCAACUCUGUUCUGUAAUGGUAGAGACUAACUGAACCUCAGACACCAUAUGUAUGUAAUAUUAACAGCUAAACUGUAAAUCAGAUCCAUCCAGAUUCCUGCAAUAAAUCCUGCAAACUGCUAACCACCAACAGUAUCAGUGUCGGCCUACUUCACCGAACCAACACAUCUUGUAGUUUCUUAACUUUUCUGCAGUGAUAAACUGUUUGAUGGGAAAUUGUUUCAGUUGAACAAAUGGUGCUUUUGAUCCUGUACUAUUGAUACAAUCAGGGUUAUCGAGAGCUCCCUGAUAUAAUUCAGUUUCUUUCAAAACAUUUCUGUAUGUUUUUGUAUGUUAUAAACUACAGUUUAAUAAACUUUUAUUUAAUGAUGCAGGCCAGUAAGGAGCAAUUGUAUUUAAACAAAGUCUUGUCUUACAUAAUGACAUGGUGCUUGUGAUCCUGUGUAAUGAAAUGUAAUAGACACUGGCUGUGGUAGACCUCAUGGCUGCAGCAGUUUUCAGGUAUUCAUGUGCGAGUCUUGUUUAUCAAAACAAAGUUUUUCAAUCCUUCUCUGUCAAUUAUUGUACAAAAAUAUAACCACUCACUGUAAUUACUUAGCAUUGUAAUUCAAUUGGCAUCCGUCAGUUAUGAUUAUUCAACUGGUGUUUUUCCAAUCAGCUUAGAAAAUGUUGUUUUUGUUAUUAUUAUUAUUUUUUAUCUAUUUUGUAUUGUCCUGGAAUGAGCAGGUUGUUUAUGGAAUAUUUGUUGCCAAUUAUGUCAUAGUCACUGAAUUCUGAAGUGUUUUUUCUUUUUUCAAUAAAAGCUACUUUA